CUUUACUUUUCAGUGACAAAGUUAACAGUCACACAAUAACCAUGGCAGGCACAGGCUGCACAAGACAAUUUACAGUAAGAAAUAUGCAAUAAACACAUUACACGUGACAAAGUUAGCAGCACAUGUGCCCGCUAAGGUAACCUCUAACAUCUAUCUGAGAUCAGUGCUGGCAAGAUAGUAAAGGUCGCUGACCCCUGAGGUGAGGUGACAGUAAGCUGAGCCAGUGAUUGUCUUUAUGUGACAUUGAGAUUUUAGGUUGAGGUCGAGUCGUGAUUGUGCAACUUCAGAUGUGGAGAGUCGGUGCAGUUGGGAGAAAUUGUCCUUGAGGGUUUUCAGCCAGGAGGGGAUCUCUUGGUAAGGUUUGGGUUAAGAAGAAUAGACUUCUGUCCACAAGGAGUGAGUCAGCUGGCAGCGCUGUACCCAUCAUGCAAUGCACGGCCAGAUCUCAUAGAAAAUGAAUAGGAUCCGUCAACUUCACAUGCAUCAUAGAUCCUGUGUGUCUCCACCAGUCAGUUCACUGGGAGAGUAGCACAAAGCAGAAUCAGUGUUGUCACACACAUUUCACCUGAGGUGCUGAUGACACACUUCAGGAUGUGGACGAGUUUAAUUUGUAACUGUAAAUUUAAUCUAAUAUGUGGUGUUUUAAAAACAUUUAAUGAGAUGAAGUCCACUGUGAUGAUGAAGAUGAUGAUGAUGAAGAUGAAGACAGAUGUUCAGAUGUGCAGAAAAUGUGAUCUGUGAAUGAUCCUGCUGACACAACGUCACUGCAGUGAUUCUUCUCUUCGCAUUUAUGAACAUCUUUAUUUGUGGCUUCUCUGCAUUCUAUGGUUUAUGUCGAAGGUGUGCGCGCGUGCGUGCGCGCGUGAGUUAGGGGCGUGGAGGUGGAGGGGAGUGUUGCAUCCUCUCACGUGACCAGCCUGUCUGUCCUCUCCUCAGUCCGGAUCUCUUUGUUGUGGUUGCAGCUGCUGCUCUCUUUACGCACCGCGUCUCCGCUCCGCCGGAUCCCCGAGCCGCUUCAUUACCGCGCGGACAAACGCAGCCGGAGCGCCGCGAUAAUCACUGUGAGCGUGGAGGAUCGCUCCGUGUGCGACACCCGACAGAUACAAGCGGUGUGAGAGAAAUCCAGCUACAAACACGCGGAGCUUCGGUGCGGAGGAAGGACGGAUGGCGGGGAUGCUGCCGCUGCCUCCUCUGCUUCCUCCCUGGACAAACCGGACCGCCUCCGAGGCUUCCUGAACGCGGAAUCAAGCGAGGAGCUCUCUGCACAUUCCUCCAUCUUCAGCACAGACUUGUCUGCUCUGUUCUCUCCCGCCCUCUGGUGCUCUCCUUUCAGCGGGACACAGCGUGAGGCAGCCGGGGUGUUUUCUCUCGAGUCUCCGCCUGCUCCAUCAGGGAUUACGCCAAAUUGUUUGCACGCCUCUCCACCUGAAUCAAGAACCGAGUGAAUUGUGUGCCGGUGUCUGGAGGUUGGAUCAUCAUCAACAUCAUCAUCAUGGUGUCAGGCCCUGGGAGGUGUCCCGGGCGUCCCGGCGGGGUUGUCCGGUACCUGGUAUCCGCCUGCCUGCUGUCUCUGCUGCUCUACCUGCCGGAGGCUCGGGCGUCUUAUUACCCACAGAGUGGAGAGUGCAAAGGCAAAGGGAAAGACUGCACAGAUCUGUCAGAGAAGAAGAGCGACCUGAGGGUUUGUGAUGACUCCACCUGCCGAUUAGGAGGCGUCUGCAGAGACGACGGCGCUCAGCUCAAAUGUGUCUGCCAGUUCCAGUGUCACAAAAACUACAUCCCCGUGUGCGGCUCCAAUGGAGACACCUACCAGAACGAGUGCUACAGGCGACAGGCGUCCUGCAAACAGCAGAGACUGAUCUCCCGGGUGUCAGAUGGGCCCUGCUCCGCCGAUCCUGGUUCUGGUUCUGGAGACGGAGACGAUGAUGAGGGUUCAGGCUCUGACAUCGGGAAGAAGUUCACCAAGUGCAGCACAUGUAAAUAUGGCGCAGAAUGUGAUGAAGACUCAGAGGAUGUCUGGUGCAUAUGUAACAUCGACUGCAGCGGACACAAUGAAAACCCGGUGUGUGCCACUGACGGGAACUCCUACAACAACCCCUGUCUGGUCCGAGAGGCGUCAUGUAUGAAGCAGGAGCAGAUCGAUGUCAAACACCUGGGCAGGUGCCCCGCUGAUAAGGAGAAACUGGGGAAGAAAGACGACAGCAGCCCUUUCAAAGUUAACGUCUUAGAAACCACCGGUCUGGACCACGGUGACGGUUUCUACGCAGGGAUGCCGAUCCCCUGUGCUGACAGCUACGCCGGCUUCUGUGUUCACGGGAAAUGUGAGAUCAAAUACAACAUGGCAACCUGCAGGUGUGACACAGGCUACAAAGGUCCUCAGUGUGACGAGCCUCAGGACUUCAACAUCCUCUACGUCGUCCCCAGUGGACAGAAGCUUCACUACGUCCUCAUCGCCGCCAUCAUCGGCGCCGUGCAGAUCGCCAUCAUCGUCGCCGUGGUGAUGUGCAUCACAAGGAAAUGUCCGAAAAACAACAGGGGUCGCCGGCAAAAACAAAACCUCGGACACUUUUCCUCGGACACUAACUCCAGGAUGGUAUAGCCGUGUUUGUCUGGGUUCUUUUUGAUAAGUUUUUUCUUACAGUGUGGGGAAAACCAUUUUUUAACGGUUGAUGUGAGGUAUCCAUUUUUUUUCUCCUGGGAAACCAUUUAAAAAAGAAGAAUAUUUAUUUAAGGGGCCUUAUUUCCCUCCUUUUUUUUCUUUUCUUUUUUUUUUUUUUUGCUUUUGGAUGGAAAGUCUUUCUUUGCCGCAAGACCAAGUACAAGGAGCCGAAUCGUCAAAACCCGCUGUCACUUUACAUCGUUAACAUGUCCGCUGUCUUAAUUACUUUAAAUGUUAAAGGUUUUGUUGAAUACUUUAUGAAUACUGUACCUUUGGUAAACUGGCUAACAGAGUGAUGUCUGCCCCUCUGGAAUGUGCUAUUUAUUGAAAAAGAUGAUUUCUACGCCCCUCUCUGUUUUACGUCUUACGACUAAUGUGCAGCUGAUCACCAAAUGCAGUUUGUUUUUGUGUUUUGUAGGAGGUGAGCGGGGGCCAGCCAGUGAUAUAGAUAUGUUUACACUUAUUCUUUGGUAUGUAAAGACUUCACUGUGGUCAAACAAGCUAAUAAUUUAUUAUUAUCAUUAUAAUUAUUAUUAUUAUUUUCUUCAAAGUAGUUUUUACUCAAGGUUUUUAUGUUAACUUUUAUUUCAAACGUUGGUUUCUAAAUUCUAGUUCCUGUAUAUUCGCAUGACUUGUGAAAACUGUGUACUGUGGUGUAGUUUUAACUUUUUAAAAGAAAAGCCGACGGCCCCGACGCCUCCUCCAUCUCAGAGCCGCAGAGAUCCGAUGGAGAUUGGAAUCCAAAAAGUCGGACUGAUGAACGGAGGACACUGAGGGGGGAAGGUAUAAGUCGCUGUUGAAGAAAGGAAUGUGUAAUGUUUUGGGAAACCGCACCAGAAAAUAACAUAAAAGAACUCUUGUGUCGACGGCUGGAAACUUCGGAGUACAUUCUUCUAAUUACCACUUUUGCUUUGUUGAGGAACAGAUUCAUGUUGAUUUUCACCCUCAGAGGAAUGUUUUUGCGUCUUCGUCCGAAAAGCUGAGGAUUGUAAAAGGAAGUGCGUCGGCUGUUUUGGGGUUUGAAGGACCGACUGCAACUCUAAAUGAUAUUUUUUAUGUAACUGGAGAAAGUCUCGGUUGCUGAGUGGGCUGUAAUCGAGGCUUUUCUUUGAAUGUGAGAGAAUAUUUGUGUCCUUUUUUUGUCUGUUUUAGUUUUGCAUUUGCUCCUCAGCGAGACAUUCCAAGCACAGAGGAUCCCGUACAGAAAAAAACGCUAUAAUAAUCCUGCAGGAAACACUUUACAGUAAAAUUGUAUCUCUUAAAGACAACGUUUCCCUCCGCUGUGAACAUGUGAUCAGAUGCAGGUCCUACAGAUGUCAGUGGUGUGCAGCUAACUCACCAUCAUUAAAGUCUCCUAGGGUAUUAUUGUUAAGUGAAAACCGUGCAGACAGAAAAUACAGUCAACAACGAUCCUGACAGUAUGCCGACAGGAACUUUAUAUCCAGUGAAUGACGAUGCCUUUUCUGUGUUGUUCCCUUGUGUCCAUGAGUUCUUUGUAACACAACCUGUUGUUAUAUUAUUUAUGUCAUUUUUGUGUGUUUUUUAUCAAAGUCCCGACAUUUCUUUACAAACCAACUUGUCUUGUUCUUGAGCUGUAAACUCCACCUCCGUCCCACCUCUGAACUCUCAAAAGUGAAACCUUUCUUUGCUUCAGAUCGGCUCUGUCACUCCUUUUAAUGGUGAAUUUAAAUUAAAAUACAAUCGUAAUAUCAAUCAAUCACAAACUAAACCUUCUCCUCAUGGCGUCCAGUGAUAGCAGCUGGUUUUAUCUGAACUAGUCUUUUGAGUUUCUAAAACAGCAAUGUAUGUUUUGAUGCUCAGUAUUCAGGAGGUUGGAGAAAUCAACAGUCAACAGUGUUUAGUGUCUGGAUGCAAAAGCUGACUUGUAUUUUUUAGUAUUCAAACCUCAGUCACUUGUUCACGUCAUAUUGGAUAUUCUCUGAAUACAAGCUUCUGAUAAUCCGUUUGUGUCAAGGCAUUCACAGAAAUCUUUUUCAGGCUUUAAAAUCGAUGGUUAUCAUUGUCGUAAGGAAACUAAAUUGACUUGUGAAAAGUGACAAAUAUCUGCUGUCAUCUGUUUAAAGCUGACUUGUUCCAACAGUGUGAGCACGCCAAGAUUUUACUUAAAAAAAAUGUUGUGUCUCCUGAUGCGAUGAAAGGCGAUUAACUAUGCAUUGACUCUACUGCCAUUUACUCCGCUUUGCAACUUUAUAGUUAUAGAAUGAUUACAACUGAAACUGAAACUGCGAGAAGAGACUAAGGGCCCUUUCACACCAUCCUCUUUUGGUCUGGACGUUCAGACUUUUCUGUUUCGUCCGAACCAAAAUUACAGGUGUGAAACCUCCCCAGAUCAAACAGCUAAACCGUAGUCAGAUGAAAUAGUCAGUCUCAAUCUGGAUCAAGCUGAAACUUUGUUCAGUUCUGGUGUGAAAACAUUUUGUGGAUGGUUGGGACAUUCGGACCAAUUACAGGAAGUACUUGCAGGCUGUCGUCAGAACCGCAGUGGAUCAUAGAUGAAAACCAAAUGUUUAACAGACAUUUGGUCUCUUUUACAAAAAAAAAAAUCAUAAAAAUUCCAACCUUUUCUUAUUAUUUUCCAAUCAGAUGAGAGAGAGAGGAUACGAGAGGAUAGAUGAGCCCAUCUGCAGAGCAGUCAGUCAAGUAUUGGGAGAACCAUCUCACAUAAGGGCAUGACGAUAGAACGUAGGCGGCAGGCGAUGACAACAGGACACAGGUAUGCCUUACAAAGUUCUUUAGAGCGCUCGCAUCAUUACAAUGAGAAACCAAAAUUAACCAGAUCAAAUGUUUACAAUGCAAAUGCAAGAACCUUGGCUCGGACUUAAAGGUGUGAAAAUGCCUUGAGAAGAAGAGACUUUAAGCUACAGUUGGUUACUAAAUUAAUUUGGGGAUAAUGAAUCAGAAAAGCUGCCCAGUCAAGUAUAAAGGCCAGUUCACACCAGCAUUAUUAAAGUUAAAGUCUGGACCAAAAUCAGUUACCUUGAUGGCGUUGUCAGGAUAAUUAGGAAGUGGCUGCAGUUACGCCAAAGUCACACUGUUGAUCAAUCGCAAACAAUAUUAGCAGUAUGGACCUUUAUGGUAACAGAGACCUGACGCGUCCAAAUGGAGGACGCUGUUAUAUUAGCUGUGAAGCACGUCCUCGCAUCAGCUGACAACUGUUGCUGUUGUUUAAACCCGGGCUGAGGGACCGUCUCUGUGAGCCUCUGUCCUGCUCUCUCUGCCCAGUUAGCAUGAGCUAACACAGCAGCAACACCGAGCCGUUAAACCGUCCCAACAAUCUCGCCCUGACACUGAAACAGCUCAACUGUGUCAUUUAAGCUGUAUUAACAGGUUCAAUGACAGUUGCUAACAGUUAGCCCUGUCACUGUGUGUGUGACGCUGUCCCAAGCGCAGAGCUCCGGUCCCGUAGCAGUAGUUCCAUGUUAAACCAAGAGGAUGAGAGAGCAGGGCAACAAGGGGCUGAGCAGAUCAAUACGCUGCACACAGCUCUACAAUGACAUGAGAUUUUAUCUGCUUUAAAUACUCAGUGAUUGGACAAAAUUGCAAGGUCACACAGAAUUCAUGGGAAUUUCCGUUACGUGUUGUGAUCACAGCCUGGAGGGGCUGCUUAUUGUUCACUGGUGCCAGGUUUUGAUCUGAUCAGGAACUAGAAAUCUAGUUUACCUGGUUGCCAGACUCAUGAAUAAUACCCCUUGAAUUGGCCCAAGCAUACUUGUCCACACAUGCAACCACUGGACAAAAAUGAUCUGCUACGUGGAGCUAAUUCUCAGCCAGAGUCUGCAGUAACAAAAAGUGGCACAUCUUGCAGUGAUAUAUGGGCCUGCCUGCUCACAUCAGGUCCUCUGGGUCCAAAAGUGCUCCAACACUAAGCCUUGAUUGGUCGACUCAGCUGGCUACCUGAAUGUUACGCAUGAGCUGCGAUAUAUUUGGGGAAUAUCAAAAUAAGGUUGGCUAGCAUGCUAACUAACUUCAAACUCACAUGUGCAAACUAUAUUCUAGGAUUCAAAGCAUUAAGCUAACAUUAUCUAACAUCAGUUAGGUUGCAAAAAAAUCAAUAAGAAAGAUAAGUUAAAGUUUAAUCUCCAGAGAACAAUUAGCAUUCACAGUGAAUCAGUGUUAAUAAUUCGAUAAUCAUUUAUAUUUUCUUAUGCAUGGUCAGUGUGUCCUUUACCUCAUCCGAUUCAGUAGGGAGGGAUGGCCCAGUCGUGAUUACAGAUUUCGGCGUGGAAGUGAAACUCCGAGGUCCAAAAUGUCAGUUGACGGCAGGUUUUUCUUCCCUGUGUGUUUACCAUUUUUAUUUUCUGUCACAGGAUUUUUCUUUUCUGUAACGUCUACAGGUCGUAGGUCAGCCCCCCACCCCCCCAGCCCCCCACCCUCCACCCCCUCCGCCGAGCAACGUGUUUCUACUUGUUGUCGACCAUUGCAGCCGUGACUUCUCUAAAUGUGACUAGAAUGUGUUUGACAUGUUAAUAUUCUGCAUGUAGACUUUGAGAGGCUAUUUUUGGUCUCUGCCAAAAUAAAAAAGGAAAUGUUUUUUUUAAUGUA